AUUGGUCAGUAUUUAAUUAAAAUGUAUUUUAUGUUAGUUUGUUAGCUUUUGAAAUGUAAUUAUGGUGAUCUUGUACAUUUCCUGCCACAUCCGAAACGGCUCACAAUUAGCCGGCAUUCCGGCUAAGGGAGAUAGCCUACAGGGGUUUGUGAGUACGCGUCUUUUGCAGCAUCUGCGUCCAUGGGGGCUGGGUUGAGGAAGGCUUAAAAGCAAGGCUGUUUAGUUCGAAUAAAGCUAUCUUUGACUGCAGUUUACUGACACUGCUACAACGUGUUUUUAUCGCUGGCUGUCCAGACGGAAGGUGCUGAAACGCUUUGUCGCGUGUCUGGAAGAAGUGAAAACUUUCCUGGGCAGCAAAGGGCUCACCUUUCCUGAGCUGGAACAGCCAGAGUGGCUGGAAAAGCUACACUUCAUGGUAGACAUGACAGCGCACCUGAACACGCUGAACACAGCUCUUCAGGGGAAAGGACGUACAGCCCUGCACAUGUUGGAGGAUGUUUUGGCAUUCGAGCGCAAGUUGACAGUGCUUGCCAGAGAUUUACAGAAAGGCACUUUGUCUCACUUCCCCAAUUUGAGAGAGUUCAAACAAGGUCACGACAUGAUAAUUUCGGAGUAUUUACAUUCUGCAAUCAUCGCAAUGCAAACAUCGUUUGGGAAACGCUUCUGUGAGUUCAGAGAGGAAAAAAACACAUUAUCCUUCCCGGUCACUCCCUUAAGCAUCGAUCCUUCCCUACUGAAUACGACUGCAUUGGCAGGUGUGAGUCAACCUGAUCUUGAGAUGGAACUGGCCGACAUAGCCGACAAAGACAUAUGGGUGUCCAAGUUUAGACGCUUGACAGCAGACCUUGAAGAUGUUGCCCGUCAGAAGGCCGUUCUUGCUCAGAAACACAAAUGGAGUGAUAUUGAAAACCUCACAGAUGACAGCUUGCGAUCCUGUGUAAAGAUGAAGGUGACAUCAUACAGCCCUGAUGUGCAGACGCUGUGCGCUGAGGUCCAGGAGCAGAAAUCCCAUUAACCAAGAUGACAGCUGGCUGACGUUAUUUUUGGUUUGCUGCUGGCGGAAAAUUUAAGUUCGGCGUUUUUCAUAAAUACAAGAAGGACUCAAAUAGACAUUGAAUAUUUUACUUAAAAGUAACUUUCAACCCAACGUCUUUUUUUCGGAGUUCAAAAUGUUUUUGUUGCAUGCAGAAAUGUAAUUUCGUUUUCUCUGCAGGAGUUCAUCAAUUUCAUAAAUGCAACACAUUAUAGUUUGUUUAUA